UGCAUAGCUGCAAGUCAUUGGGAGGGGAAGCUUGGCGAGUUGCUCAGUAGGAUAGAGUAACGGAGUGAACUUGUCAGUGUUAGAAAAGUAACGAAUGACUUAAAGCAGCAGGGUUUUGCCGUGUAACCAUGGACUGGGUUGGGCAGGGAGUGCUUUGUGCGGUUUUGUGGCUACUUUGUGGAGAAAGCACGGUUCGUUUGGGAAGUUGCGCACUGACUGGGACCGCUGAUAGCACCACCUUCAGUAUCCAGCAUGAAGGCACAGGCAAAUGUUUCCUGGCUCAGGUGGGAUCUCUGACUCUGGGAAACUGUUCAUCAACGGCAGCCCAGUCGUGGAUGUGGGGCUCAGGACAUCGGCUCUUCCACACGGAUUUAUCCGCCUGCCUGGGACUGGACAUUCUGUCCAAAACGCUGUCUCUCACCAGCUGUUCCGACAACGCCACUUUGCAAUGGCGCUGUUAUGAGGGAUAUAUUAUCACCACCUUUCAGAUGAGGCUGGGCGUCUCCGCCAGCGGGGCUGUGACAGCCAAACGGGACGCAUCCGAUUCCUGGAGAAGGGGAGGCACUACGGAGAGCAUCUGUGAAAGGCCAUACCAAACGAUUCACACCACCGGUGGUAACUCUUAUGGUGCACCCUGCACGUUCCCCUUCCUAUACAACAAAACCUGGCACAACAGCUGCCUUCAUGCCACCGCCACCGACUCUCUCGUCUGGUGUUCCACAACUGAGAACUAUGAUAAUGAUCAAAAGUGGGGAAACUGUCUAAAAUAUGAGAAGGGAUGUGGUACAUUAUGGGAUGGCCCUUUCGAUGGUCGCUGUUACCAGGUGGUUUCCACAGCGAUGGUUUCGUGGCACGAGGCGCGGGAUGCCUGCCGUAGUCAGGGUGGAGACUUGCUCAGUGUAUCCAGUCCUCGAGAACUGCAGAACUUAACAAAAGAUUUACCGGAGCAGCUGUGGAUCGGGCUGAACCAACUGGACUGGGCGCAGGGGUGGCAGUGGUCAGAUGCAUCACCUUUAGUUUAUUUCCCAUGGGAAGUAGACCAGCACAAUUGGAUGUCACCAGAGUGUGGGGUGAUACACCCUAAUUUGCGCUUUGGUGGGGAGUCAUGUGAGAAGAAGCUGCCAUAUAUCUGUGAGAAAAAAGAGAAUACCAGCCAGACAGAGACUACAGAUAAACAGGUGUACAAGGCCACCCAGUGCGAGAGCGGAUGGUUCCCAUGGCAGGGUUAUUGCUAUAAUCUUUAUGGAACCCAGAUGGGGGAAAGGAAGAUGUAUGCAGAGGCGCAGCAAGUGUGUGUAAAGAACGGAGCUCAGCUGGCCAGCAUCCACAGUCUGGAGGACAUGCAUAUGCUCACCAUGCAUUUUACAGGAAAGACUCUGAACCCGUGGAUAGGUCUGAAGGCUGAGAGCAACACAGAACACUUUAAGUGGGAAGAUGGAUCGGUUGCGUCAUUUACGUACUGGGCACGUAAUCAGCCACCAAUGCUGCAGCCCAACACCACAGGAUGUGUGGUCCUCUCUGAUUUGAUACAUGCAUGGUCUGUAGAUUCUUGCAGUGCAUUGAAGUCCUUCCUGUGUAAGAAAGCCGGCAAGGUAAAUGAGAACGCAACAGAAAAUAGCUGCCCACAUGACGGGGAUUGGAGGAGGUAUAAAAAUGCAUGUUAUAAAGUUGACACUCGGGAAGUCUCUUAUAAGAACAGCUGUAAAGUCAUCAUUAAUGACAGGUUUGAGCAGGCUUUCAUUAACAGUCUGCUGAAGGAGCAUGUAAGCAGUAAGCGUCAGUAUUUCUGGACUGGGCUUCAGGACGCUAAAGGCACAGGAGAAUACCAGUGGUUCAGCCAGGAUGGAAAAGCAAGCAGAGUCACAUAUACCAACUGGAAAUGGGGAGAACCAGGUAAAGUAGGAGGGUGUGCAGUGAUGUCCACGAGCCCAGUGGGUCAAUGGUCUGUGGAGAACUGCACUGAGUUUAAAGCUGGUAGUAUCUGCAAGAGUCCCAUUGCUUCUGAAACUCCUGUCCCAACUUCACCAGCUGACCCCAACCUCAAUGCCACCUGCUCUCCAGGAUGGGUUACCCGACAGGGAAUGAAGUAUUGUUACAAGGUGUUUAACGAAGAGAGAGUGAGUCGUAAACGCACGUGGGAAGAGGCUGAGCAGUUUUGUGAAGCACUGGGAGCUCAUCUGCCCAGUUUCACUGAGCAGGAGGAGAUGCGUUUACUCCAUGAGAUUAUGAGAGACUCUGUUAGUGAUGAUCGCUACUUCUGGGUUGGCUUAAAUCGGCGAAAUCCAAACAACGACAACCGAUGGGAGUGGAGUGACGGGCAGCCUGUGUCCAUGAAGAUAUUUGCGGAAGAGUUCCAUGAAGAUGAUGAGUAUAACAGAGACUGCACUGCCUUUAAGUCGCUGAAAAAAAGAUACAUACUGCUGUUCGUUUUGCUGACGGCGGAAGGUCCUAAUCAGUUUUACCCCAGAGCCUUUCACUGUGAUGCUAAGCUGGAAUGGGUGUGUCAGAUCCCACGAGGUCAAACCCCAAAGAAUCCUGAAUGGUAUAAUCCAGACGGACACCAUAACACCUCAGUGUUUAUGGAUGGGCAAGAGUUCUGGUUUGUAAACCAACCGAGGUUGUCCUACGAAGAGGCUAGCAUGUACUGCAGCAGCAACAAAAGCAAACUAGCCACACCUCUGUCAUUCAACACUGCCAGACAUCUGCGUGAACACCUCUAUAAGCAUGCGGGGAUGGAGAAUUGGUGGGUGGACCUUCGUGAACCUGGUCCUCUUGUUCCCUUAAGGCUUACUCAUCUGCAUGUCUAUCACUCUAUGGUCUUGGGCAGAUGUACUUCAUUUAGCCCUGGAUCCUACGUACCAGAUUUCCGGAUAAGAUGUGAUGCCAAACAGCCGUUUGUAUGUGAGACGUUAAACGUCACAUCCUCAGAGAUUGGACCACAAGAGCCCCACCCCCCCGGCAAACCAUGCGAGGAUGGCACGCUUGCCUUCAGGGACAAGUGUUACACAGUGACCAAGCCUCAGUUCCUGAGUUUUAAAGCCGCUAAUGAGGUGUGUCAGUCCCUGAGGGGAAGUCUCCUGUCUAUCCGAGACCAAGCUGAACAGGACUUCAUCACCACCCUGCUGCCGGGGAAACCAAAAAAGCUUUGGAUUGGUUUGAAGGACAAUCAGUGGGUGGAUAACACACCAAUGAAGUACCACAACUUUAACCCACUGAUCCAUGGCCAGCUGCGUCUUAUGUACAUCAAUUUGUUUGAGCAGGAUGGCUUGGAGCUGUGUGCCUAUAUGUUUAAUGAUCCCCAUUCAGACAUGCUGGGCACUUGGGACUACACUUCCUGCGCUGAAGAGCAGAGCGUUGCUAUCUGCCAGCAUUAUGCAGAUAAGCAGGAGGAAUCUGGGGUGACUGAGAAUGAGUUCCAAGCCAACAAUAACACAUUUAAGGUGGUUUUAAAGGAGAAUGUGACCUGGUACGAGGCUCUGGAGUUAUGUAAGAAGAAUGGCAUGGACCUGGCCAGCGUGGCUGAUACAUACCAGCAAGCUGUGCUCACUGUACACGUCAGCAAAGCUCAGCAUCCGCUCUGGAUCGGACUGUUCAGUGAAAAUGAUGAGCAGUACCACUGGACAGAUCACAGUCACACUGUGUUUAGCCGCUGGGGCCAAGAGGACACUGUAGGGGAGUGUGUUUAUCUGGACACUGAUGGCUUCUGGAAGGCCACAGAAUGUGGGGAGAAGCUAAAAGGGGCUAUCUGUCGCAGACCACAAGAUAACAACAUCGUACCUUCUUAUGACACUAAAAAGUGUCCACAUGAGAGCAGUGGACCCAACUGGAUCCCAUUCAGAAACAACUGCUACACGUUUCUGCUCCAGGCAGUGAGAUGGCAGGAGCAUGACAAGGACAACGAGCGGCAGACAUGCAGGCUUCUCGUUGGAAAGGGUGAUAUUCUGACCAUUCGGAAUGAAGAGGAGAAUGAAUUCAUUAGGACACAGCUUCAGCCAUUUAAAGACCUGGCUUCAUUUGUGUGGCUCGGGAUGUACAGAGACAAGAAAGAUGGGAAACUGAAAUGGUAUGAUGAUACCUACAUUCAGUACUCCAACUGGAAUAAAGGAAGACCGACAGCCACAGAGCCCUUUAUGGCUGGUCUCAGUCUGACUGGAGAAUGGUACCUGUUUGAGCAGCAAAACCUUUUUAAACCUUUCAAGCAGAGGACCAUUGUGGUUUGCAAAAUUGAAAAUGAUAACAAAGAGGAGUAUCGAAAGGAUCCAGCUGAUGUGAAAAGUCCAUCAGGCUAUAGCUUCCGCUUGGUUGCUAAGAAACUGAACUGGUAUCAGGCCCUGAAGGAAUGCAGCAGUGAUGGUGGCCAUCUUGUUAGCAUUCACAACGAAACAACCAACAGAGACAUGGCACUGAUUUCUAAACGAGAUGGAUUUCCUCUCUGGACUGGUCUUUCCAGGCUAGAUUUCAGUGGUUGGCCUUACGAGUGGUCAGAUGGGACGGCAUUGCAGUUCCACUCUGAAGGGUUUCUGAGUACGGACACUGUUUCCGAGGAAAAAUGUGUGUAUGUGGACCCUAAAGGCAGCUGGACUGCAGUCAACUGCCUUGCUGAGAUGGAGGGUGCCAUUUGUUACAACAGCAAACAAAAGUAUCAGAUCGCUGCUAAAUCCAGUGUUAACUGUCCUGAGAGUAAUGGAGAGGUUUCAUGGAUCCAGUAUAAAGACAACUGUUACGCCAUUGUCAUGACCCUGUACAACUACUCGGUCUUCUCCAAUCAUCAUGCACAAAAUGUUUGUAAGGAACUGGAACCCUCCUCUCAGCUUUUGACCAUUAAGAGUAUGGACGAGAACGACUUUGUCACACGGCAUGUUGCUGAUAACCCUCUCGCCACCUCCCGCGUUUGGCUGGGGCUUGGAACAAUCUACAAAGAUAAACUCACAGAUGCUGUCUGGCUAGAUGGUAGCAAGCUAGACUUCACCAACUGGGGCCACUUUCAGCCCCGCCCUGGUUGUGCUGUCCUGGUGUCCAUGAAUGGAACGUGGAGCACAGCGAACUGCACUGGGAGCUACAGCCGCGUCGUCUGCAAGGCACCUGCCAAAUCGCAUGGUACUCCUGUGGCCUUGUUUUUUUUCAUCAUCGUGCUGCUUUGUGUCGUGGCAGUCAUGGUCUUUGUCCUGUAUAAAAAGACCCGGCACCGCUACACCUCUACAGUACGCUACCGGAGGAACUAUGAUGAAGCAGACAGCGCCAGUAUGAUCGCAGAGACUGACUGAAUGUUGCACUGCAUGCAGUUGGUAAACAGCAAUGAAGCCAAAGCAGGUUCCUGUGCCUUUCAGUGUUAGGACUCAACACAUUCGAACAUCUGUUUCAAACAAAAUGAGUUCAUUUAUUAUUUCACUGUUGAUACUGAUCAGCCCAACAGCUGCAGGGUUUGUAAUUAAUAUACUAAAGGAAUGUCAAAUGAUUUUGUAGAUAUGCAUAAACUUGGCAGUUUGUUUUUAUUUAAAUUUCCUUAAUGAAUUUUGUAUAUUUUAAUGAGAAAACUGCCAAAUAUUGGACAUGCUACAGUAUUCUUUUUGUUUGUUUUUGGUGUUCUGUGGCAUCCUUGGAUUGAAUUUUAGGCCUGACCAGGUUUUUUCCAGUUCUUCUGAGCAGGCAUUAAGUGCACAUUGUGAAAAUGCCAAACUGGGAUCAUUUUAAAGUUUUAAUGCCUUUGUUCUUUCGUGCAUUUUGUUUCUCUUCACUUGAACAUCUAAUCAAGUUGAGCGUUCUUUCUACAAAUACUUUACGCGUGCUCUGUAAAAUAUCAAACUACUGCGCCACCAGUUCUGACACAUUCUGAUUGUUUUGUACUGGGUUUGCUUUAAUCCCUGUUUAACUCAGUGACUCAGUAAAUUUGGCAAGCUAUUCUAUGUAGAGACUAAAUCAAGUUUUUAAUUGGUCAAAUCUCUGAUGACUGCUUAUACGCAUUUAGCCCACAUAUGAUUAGGUCCAACUUCACUAUGCGCAUCUAAAUACUUCAUUACAAAGCACAGUUUACAUAACCACAUGUAUAUAUUGUGCACAUUGUAACAUACCACCCAAACGCAGUUGCAUGUUACACAUAACACAGGUAUUAUUUCAAACUUCUAUAAAGAGUAUUUACAGCACCUGAACUCCCUGAAUGUCUCAUUAGACUGUGUAAUAAGACGAAUGUAUUGGAUGCCUUUAUAUGGUAUGUGGCCUAACAGAGUUUACCUCUAUUAUUCUUUGCACUCAAACUACUGAUAUGUAAUGCACUUUAAAUUUGUUUUCUUGCUGACUGCUUAUGAAUUCAAGCACAACAUGAGGGUGUUUUGUAAAGAAUUUUUGAGAAUAUGAAGAAACGGCACUCAGACAGCACAGGGAUGGAUGUUGUAUAUGAUCUGUAAAUAUCUUUUAGGCUUUUCGUACAUUAUGAUUUCCUUUAGAUCUAUGAAACCAAAGAGGCUUCUGAAAUUACAAAUCUGUUUCAAUGUGAUCCUGCUCAGGUUUUCAUAUGCCCUGAUUCAAAAUAUUAACUAAAGCGAAUGUCAAACUGUUAAACUUUGCAGUGCUCAUUUUGUUAAUCAGACUCACUCAAUAAAAUGCUCUCUCCAUGGUC